AUGAGUGGCAAUGAAAGUAAUAGUGAAUCCAUUGAUACAGAAUCAGAUAUUGAUCUUGACGAUUAUGAAUAUUAUGAUAACCAUAAUAGAGAUAUUGAUUUUCUAAUAGAAGACUACAUAGAUUUAAAUAAUUCUUUAUUUAAUUAUGAAGGUAGUAACAAAAAUGAAAUUGAUAUAAGUGUAGAGAAUUUACAACAUAAUGAAAAUUAUAUAACCCCAAUGAUUGGUUUGGAUAAUGAAGACAGAAAUUGCAACGAAAAUAAUAAUGAUGAAAUUCAAAGUUUUGAAAAAAUUAAUGAUGUUGGUGAAAAAAUUAGUAAUAUUAAUAGAAGAGGGGUUGAAAAUAACAUUGAUUUAUAUUUAAGUAAUGAUGAAAGUUCAGAUAAUGAAGAUAAAAGGAAAAAUCUAAAAAUACACCAAAAAAAAAUUUUACAUUAA